CAUCCCCAUUAAUUCCCCCCGCCAACCCAAAGGGCUGCUAUUUAUUGUCCUCCUUGUAAAGAGAAAGAAGAAAAUAAAGCUGUGAAAUUUCCGUUGUUUGGUUUUAAUGGCGGAAUUAGGGAAGCAAGAGAAAGUUGUUGUAAAUGGGAACAAGGAGGAAGGAGAAGAAGAAGAGAGGUUGUUAGAGGGAAUGGCGGUGUUGGAUUUCGACAUGUUAUGUUCGACGGUGGCUUUGCAAACCCAAGGUAAAUGGAGGAAACUUGAAACCGUUGAGGAUAGUUUAGAACAAGGAAACGCCGACUUUGGUGGCGUUUUGAGGAUGUGGGAAGGUGAAGUUGUUCUUGAUUUCUUCGAUGACCGCCGUCUCGCUCUGCAAUCUGCCUGUUGCCCCUGCUACAGAUUUGGGAAGAACAUGGGGAGGGCUGGUUUCGGUUAUUGUUUUCUUCAGGGAACUGUUUAUUUCAUUCUUGUUGUGAGUGCAUUUCUCAACUUCCUUGCCUUUAUUGUCAUCAAGUGGAAUUGCUUUCUGUAUUUAGCUGUUGCUUUCAUCAUAUCUGUUGGAGCAUACUUGGGUUUUUUCCGUACACAGAUUAAGAGAAAAUUCAAUAUUAGGGGUAAUGAUAGCUUUUUGGAUGAUUGCAUCUACCAUCUUAUUUGCCCUUGCUGUACAUUAUCCCAGGAGUCUAGAACAUUGGAGAUGAACAAUGUCCAAAAUGGUACAUGGCACGGUCGUGGUGAUAUAUGCAUAGGAAGCCAUGGUGAAGGGAGCAGAGCAUUCUUUGAGCUACAUCCUCCUCUUCCUAUAUCAAUUAAGACUUCUGAGCCCUGCAGCACGCAAAAUAGUUUGAAUGGUGAUGAUUAGGCUUGAAUGUGAGAAGUUGUACAAUGAAUAUUGGAUACAACGGCGAAUUACAAACAUCCCACAAAAUUUGCUAUUUGUUGGAGGGAUGUUAUACAAGCAGGUGGAAGAGCAAUGCGUGCAGCUUGAACCAUGGAAUCCUGCGGGAAUGGUGAAAGACAACGUUGCUUCCAUGUGCAUAAAAGGAAACUAUUUGUAACAAUUUGGGGGAAGUUUUUAGGACAUCCAAUCGAACUUGACGUUACAUUGUUACUUUCCCCAGGUAGACUUUGAGUAUAUGCCCUCCAGGUAGACCUUGAUUGAUUAGGGAACACCCUAUUCACCAUGACUGCAGUAGAUGCUUCUCCAAAAUAGUUUUUAUAUAUAUAUAUAUAUAUAUAUAUAUUAAAAUUAGCUUGAAAAUAGAUUUGUCAUUUUAUUCCAUGUCUUUUUUUUCUUCUUUUUGUGAAUAAACAUAGCUUGUGCCGAGUGCUGACUGUACUAGCAUUCAUGAUUGAAUUUGGCAUAUUGAUAGGUGCUCCUUUGCAGGCUUCAGGUUCCCUUGUCCCUGUGUAUGCAAAUUAGCCUGAUGGAGAGAGCAACGGUGAUUUUUGUGUCUAUAUUCAGGUUUCUUUCGCACGGAACCUUGUUUCCAUCGAAGUUUUAGAAUUGCUACCGCUGGAGCUAAUGGCUCAGAUUAUCUGAGUUACACGCGAGUAACCGAUGCAUGGGUAAUUUGUUACCUGUCUUCCGGUUUUCUCAAAUGCAAAACAUCUUUCGGUAAUAGUAUAUCUUAUGCAUUCCUAUUGAAUACCGGAAUUUCUCAAAUUACGAAGUUACUUUAAAGAACGUAAUAAAGCCUAAUCAUAAUAUAUUCCAUACCAGAGAAAUUCGUAUGUGAAAAAAAAAAUAGUUAGAAAAAAAAGAAAAAAACUAAUGAGGCUUCGUUGUAAAUUUCUUGAAGGCCUAAUUAAAGGGGCUUCUAAAUGAAUUGACCGUGAUUGGUUAGGGUUGGAUUUUAAUCUGGGCUCAUGGUAGUUCUGAUUUAAUUAGCUACUCUCUUAAACUUCAACUGUCUUGGAUUUCAUUUUUCUUUGCCAGAGAAAGUAAAUGGUAAUUACAUUAUCAAAACCAGUUCCCAUCAUAAACGUUAUUAGUAUAAUCCUUAAUCUAGGACUUAACUACUCGAGAAACGUGUAACCAAAACACACCUAAUUGACUUUGAUUCCUGUGUUGAUUGCAAACUCCAAAUAUUCAAAACUUAUUUCAUAAGACCUAGAUUAAUCUAUAUACUAUUAUUAUGUUCAAAUCAAUGUGUUUCACACCACUUUUUGUCCUCACGAUGUACUUUCUUUAAAAUAUCAGUUUCUAAUUCACAGAAACCUGCUAGUCAAUAAUUCUAUAAAUUUAGUACCAAACGGUCAUAAAAUGUCACUACAGUGCCAUAGUUUUAUUAAUUUAAUUACUUUAAUUAUAAUCUGAUAAAGCCAUCAACCUCAAUUACCCUUCUUGGUAGCCGUUUCCUAUAUAAAAUUUGUUAUAUAAGGCUGUCUUUUCUCAUUGCCCUCGUGAAAGUAUUGUUUUUUGCCUGAAUGUUAAUAUUUACAAGGCAAUUUUCUUCAACGAAAACACACCAUGACACCACCAGCAUUUCCUAGUCAUUUUGAAAAUUUGAAGGCAAAUGAAGUUCAAACUUGGUGUACUGUUUGUCAUGUCUUGAUUCUUUUAUACACUGAUUAAUGUAAGUUUGUGACUGUUGGUUAAUUUUGCACUUAUCUACUUGACUUGUUUUUUUCAUUCUUAUUUAAUUUUGCAUAAGCGA